AUGGUGGAUGUGGGCCGGGAACUCGUCCAAGUGGAGGAGACGCGGAGGAAAGUGGAGAAGGAAUUGGAGGAGAUUAGGGAUCUGGAGAAACGUAUUCGAAAUAGGCAGUUACAGUAUUCAGCCCGACGAAGGAAGUCAGAAGAUGAAAAAAGUAUGGACGAGACGGGGACGAAUCGUGGUAGGCUGCUGACUGAGGCUUUAAGUCUGUACGAAGGCGGCGACGUGCGUUUUGAUCAAAGCCUGUUGGCUGAUGUAUUCAGAGAUUCCGAGAUACCAAUUUCACAAAGUGCCAUCAGUGCCCUUUUCCGGUGGCUAGACACGACAGGUGACAACAACGAUGGAGACGCUAGGCAUUUUCAUACACAGACAUUGAAAGCGACCUUAGCGGUCAUGAGUAGCCUCCGAAAGCAAAAAUGGGUGGAACUGGUGAAGCUGCAGAAACAUGUCCGUGAUUCGUUACCUUCCCGAGACGACAACGGGGAUGAACCCAUCGAGAAACGAAAUCGGCUCCUGAACCAUAUUGACGAGUACCUCGUUAUCCUGGAGAGAUUACGACGCCUGCAUUGGAAGGAAAUUGAAUACCUGGACAAUUUAGGCCUGCAGUUGCAGAGUGGAACUUUCUCUCAUGACAAGCCGCUCCAGGACUACAUGCAUAAGACUCUCCUCAACCGUGGAAAGACGUACAGUGGUAGAUACGGAUUCCACAAUCGGAGUAUUUCAGUCGUGGAUCAGCUCCGUCGGUACUACGUCGAUCUUCGAGCGAGUCAGCAUACUAAAAACAAUGUGAGACUCUGGGAGGACCUGAGACUUGCGGUUUCAGCGUACGACGGGUAUAAAGCCUUCACCAACACUGAAGAGCUGGAAAAUGGCGUAGCCGCCGGGCUGUGGCCCGUACACGCACUACCGCUCUUUUUAUACUGA